GGAUGCUCUUUAUCUCCUCUCCUCUCCUUGGCGAGUCCAGUGCCCAAUAGCAGCUAGAGGCGCCGGCCGCCAUUGCUGCUCCCUGCACGAGCUGCUCGCCCCGCGCCACGGAGUUCGCCGCCGGCCGGCCCCAAGUGCAUCUCAACCUACGCCAGCCUGUGCGCAAGCCCCUCCCCUUGCGCCGCCCUCCUCCGCCGGUGACCCACCCGGGCGGCCCUAUCCUCUCCACCUGACGCCUCAUCCUCUACAUUGCCCCGCCCUCCGCUGACGGAGUCGCUGGCCUCGCCUGCAUCUGGCAUCCGAGCCUUCCCACCCUCCACCGACGUCGCUUGGCUUCGCCGGGACUCUCCGGAGGUGGCCUGCAGGCUCGGCGACGGCUGCUCACGGUCGGAGGAGCUCGCUGGUGGCCUGAUCUGCCCAGUGGGGGUGUGGUCGGGGCCGACAGGCUCCCCGCGGACCAGAUCAGGUGGGGGUGAGGUGGAGAUUAGCUAGAUCUUUUGGUUAGCAUCCGCCAUUGUUGUUCCACUCGGUGCUGGCCUUGAUACGCUGGCUUGAAGCCUUGCCUGCGGCCAUGGUUUUGGUGUGAGAAGCUUGGUGCAAGAUGUGGAAAGGGUUCCUCAGCAAGCUGCCCCGGAAAAACUCGUCCUCUGGGAGAGGCGACCUCGACUCCGGCCAGUGCAGCAAUGGCACGGCGAAUGGGAACCCGAUACAGCGCACCAGCAGCUGCGUCAGCAUCCCGUCUGCUCGCUCCACUUCGACCAUCAAGCGCAUGUCAUCCGCCAUCUUCCCAUCGAGCGUCGUGGCCGGCAUUGAGCCCCUUGUUUCGUUCAAGGACGUCCCCAACUCGGAGAAGCAGAAUCUGUUCGUGAGCAAGCUGAAUCUGUGCUGUGCUGUCUUUGACUUCUCGGAUCCGAACAAGAGCUCCGCGGAGAAGGAUAUUAAGAGGCAGACAUUGUUGGAUCUUAUAGAUUUUGUCGAUUCCAGCAAUUCCCGCUUCUCUGAGGCCGUGAUUGCUGCUAGCGCUAGGAUGUUUGCCGUCAACUUGUUCCGGGUGUUUCCUCCAAACUACAGGUCUGGUUCAGGUGGUGGCGAGGGUGAUGAGGAGGAGCCGAUGUUUGAGCCUGCAUGGUGCCAUUUGCAGCUUGUGUAUGAGCUGCUACUGAAAUUCAUUGGAGCCUCAUCCCUGGAUGCAAAGGUAGGGAAAAAGUACUUUGAUCACUCCUUCAUUGUGAAACUGCUGAAUCUUCUUGAUUCAGAGGAUCCAAGAGAAAGGGAUUGUUUGAAAACUAUUCUGCACCGGAUUUAUGGGAAGUUCAUGGUUCACCGUCCUUUUAUCCGGAAAGCAGUAAGCAAUAUAUUCUACCACUUUAUGUUUGAGACUGACCGGCAUAAUGGAAUUGCUGAGCUGUUGGAGGUAUUCGGAAGUGUUAUUAGUGGCUUUGCGUUGCCUCUGAAGGAGGAACACAAAAUCUUUCUUUGGAGAGUUUUAGUUCCUUUACAUAAACCAAAAUCAGUUGGCGUGUAUCUCCAGCAGUUGACAUACUGUGUGACACAGUUCAUAGAAAAGGAUCCGAAGCUUGCUAGCUCAGUGAUAAUUGGUUUGCUAAGAUAUUGGCCGAUAACAAAUAGUCAGAAGGAGGUGAUGUUCCUGAGUGAGAUCGAAGAGAUCUUGGAGGCUACCAGCAUGGCUGAAUUCCAGAAAUGUAUGGUACCUUUGUUUAAGCGCAUUGCUCAUUGUAUCAAGAGUUCUCACUUCCAGGUUGCUGAACGUGCGCUUUUCAUAUGGAACAACAAUGCCAUUAUUACCUUGAUUACACAAAACCGCCAAAAGAUCAUGCCUAUCAUUGUUCCAGCAUUAGAACAUAAUAGCCAGAAUCAUUGGAACCAAGCUGUCCUGAAUCUCACAGCUAAUGUAAAGAAGAUGUUUUCUGAAAUGGACGAAGAACUUUUUUCGGCAUGCCUGAUCAAGUACAAGGAGGACGAAGAAAGGCAAGGUUCACUGGAAUCAAAGAGGAUGCUAACAUGGGAGAGGCUAGAAUCAGCUGCAGCUUUCCAGCCAGUGACAGGCCAUACAGCCGUCCUGGUAGGCCGCCAACCGUCAGCAAAUUUGAUUGCGACCCUUAUUUAGAAUGUGUUCAGUGCAGAUGAAAGUGCCUCACCUUUUGGUGAUGCUCGCCAACUGAACAACUUCAGAGUUCACUAUUUUGCCUUUAUUUCCUUUUCAUCUGUCUGUAUUAGUAAGCAGUGCUGUAAGUUGUAACUAUUUUCGUAUGUUUAUGCUCUGAAGGCAAGCAUACCUGUAAGAGUACCCAGUGCUUACACUCCUUACUGUAUCUUUGCCUAUUUAUUUAUGAGCAAUUUCCUACAGCUAAACCCACUCUUCUCAUUGUUGCU